GAGUUUGAGAAUAAUGCCGUGACAGCUAACGCGAGAGGUAAUCGAUUCUAGCUGCGUAAAACUGUGUAAAAGUAGGAAUCUAAUUGAGAGAGAGAGAGAGAGAGAGAGAGCGAAAGAGACAGAGGCAGAGAUGAGGGAGCAGUCUAUAGCCGUUGAUCACCCGCCUCCAUCCAUAUAGACUUCGAGAACUCAGUGAACAGCAGCAUCAUUCAAUGUUCUCUUCUCGUGCUGUCUCUCAAGCUCACAUCCAUUCUCCCGCUCUUUGCUCGCGCAGAUGUCGACCUAAAGACCAGUCAACUCCAUCUCUCGUCACACAAUUGCCCUUUCUAUGUAAUUGUUCGACGUGUAUUUCACAUGAAAUUAGAAAGAUCCUGAAAACCGCUGGGCGCAAAAAGACCAAUGAUCUAUUUGGGAAUAAGAUAAACUAGUCAACCAUUUUUCCAUCUCUUUUUGGGUGCGUAGUUGGUUUGACUAGAGCAACAGUAUGGAUCUCUCAUUUAUGGCUGCACAGAUCCCAGUCAUGACAGGGGCCUUCAUGGACUCCUCACCCAAUGACAACUACAGUGCCGACCACUCGCUCUUCAACUCCUCGGCCAGCGUCCAUGCUGCCUCUGCGGCUGCCUCAGCCCAGGCCCAGCAGGAUGACCAGUCCUCGUCCAGUGACGCCAUCUGGCUCUGGAUUGCCAUCAUCGCUACUAUCGGCAACAUCGUGGUGGUGGGAGUGGUCUACGCAUUCACCUUCUGAUCCAUCUCUCCUUCCCGCCCACCCAGCCAAAAAUUAAAGAGCCUCCCCAUGGGGGAACGUGAUAAAAGACAAAGGACAAAUAUCACAUACUGAAUUAUCAAAGGGCUCUGGGAUGCAGAUGCUGGCUAUGGUGUGGGGGUUCUAUAGUUGAAGCUUCAGCAUCAUUCACUUUCAAUACAAAAAUCCUAAAGUUUCAGGAUACGAACACUAUGCACAGUUCAACUGGAGGCAGAAAGGUAUUUUCAACUUUAGUCGCCUAAUUUUCAGUGGACAUCAUGCUCCUGAAUGUUGUUGUGUUGCAUUGUGGGGCUGAAGGGUACAUACAGGGUGAACUGGACCAUCUUAAAAUGUCCCCCAGAUAGAAGAGAGGCAAUUAAGAGGAGUGCUGCUUAAUUAUUGGGAUGAACAGAGACGUGACUAUUAAAACAUUUAUGGGACUCUGGGAUUACUUCUGCAUUAGCCAUGUGCUCAGCUUCUUACAGCCUGUUAUCUGUUCUGACAAAGGAAGGCCCAAAGUAUUAGCUUUCCUUUGUAAUAUCGACAGAAAAUGGACCAACAGACACUGGCUUUAAUGAAAAAUUCCUGCAACAUCCUUUUGGAUCCUCCAACUGUUAUUGCUUCUCAGUUUCUUUAGCAAUGCCACACCAGUUUAUGGUCCAAUAAAGACAAUCACUCACAGUCUAAUUUACUCUGAUCACAACAGCAAAUUCUUCGUCUAAAACAUUAUUUAUUACACUAAACAAUACAUCUAUCAAAGACAUUUCACUUUUUUACAACAAACCUCUCAGUAUAUGAUCAAGGCAGACUUGAAAGAUAUAAGCACAGUUUACAUGAGCAGGAAAAAUACUGUACAGCUUUAGGUUGUCAAAGCUUAAUUGUUAUUUAGCUACCUUCUUUGGAGUCUUUACGUGCUGUAUGAUCUAAAUAAGUGGGGUAAUAGAAAUGCUGGGCAUUUUUCUAUCUGUUUCCUUCAAGCUGGGUUCUUUACAUUCAGAACUGUUCAGUGAAAUAGCUUUGUGCUGCGGUACGUCCAAAGGCAGUUGUUACAUUGGCGAUUAAUCCACGUCCCUUAAUUGAGAAUAUUAACAGGCUCUUUUCAAGACGCGAGUGAGACCCCUGGUGUCACCACAACACACAUUCUAGUGUACAUGGAUGUCAGGGAGAUCAUUUCUUUAGGUUAUCACAGCGACAGUGCUAUGAGUUUGUAUCAAAAUGAUUGACUGAUUUCUGUCUAGAACAGAACUGAAAAGAACAUACAAUACCCACUAAAUGAUGAUUGCUUGGUAAAUGUGAUGGUUUGAUAAAAACAUGCUCAAUCUCAGCCUCUAAGCUUUCUGUUCCGCUGAGAAGAGCUGAUACAGGUAAGAGUUGCUCCUUUCUUGAUUUUCUUUUGUCUUCUCUCAAGGAGACAGUCGUUCUUGAAUGUUGUCUGGCUUGCCUCAUAAGCUGUAAGUGUAAUUAUCUGAGCGAGAGUGAUAAACAUCUAUUUGAGCCAAGUUCUCUAUUAUAGCCAGUGAGUUAUAUCAGCCACAUGAUCUAAUGAAUUAUGAAUAACAUUCGGAUGCUGAAGUGAAUAGCCAUUUUCUUGUGUAUACAUCCCCCACUCUUGAGCUGAUGCAAAAUGUCAACCCACUGGGCACAGAUGUCAUUGAAAUGAAAACAACGUUGAUUCAACCAGUGUGUGCCCAGUGGGAAAAUGUAUUCCAUCAUCCUUUUUGACAUCUUUUUGUAAUAUGAUAUAUUAUUUUAAGCUACAGGGCAUCAUCUAGUGUUAGCAAUAACCUAUUUAAGGAUCUGCGUAGGGGCUGUUAGUAUUCAAUUAUAUUUCUUAUGUGAUCUUGAUGAAAGAAGACUUUGUAGUAAGACUAUCUAUUGUAAAAGGUUGUAGAAGGUUUCUCAUGUCAUGGUAUACACUGUACGUAUUUGUAUUUCUACAACAUACACUAAGAACUUACUUAUAUUACCCAACUAUGAUAGAACUUCCAACAAAUUGUAAUAUUUAAAUCCCCAAAUUAGGAGGUAAUAAUAUAACGUUGAGAUAAGGUCUUCCAAAGACCGUUACUUUAUUUUUUAAUAAGAGGUGAAUGUGUGAGUGUUUAGCAAUGUUGUAAUUCACAUAAAUUACACAAUAUUCUUUUUUGUAAGAACAUCUAUUACUAUUAAAGUUUCAGGAUUGCUG